ACGACUUGUCUAUCCAGAUCAACAGCCGUUACGUUCAAAGAGGUGUUCGAGUGGUUCAGGUUCUAGCUCGGAUUCUUCGGGCUCAGACUCGUCGUAUGCGGUGUCGAUAUCGUCGUAUGAGACUGGGAGGGAGGUGUUUGAUGAUCUCGAGGAUGGGGAUGGGUAGGUUUCGGAGUCUUUGGAGAAUACAAGGCUGUAUGUGGUCGAAGAUGGUAGCAAUGAAAUGGAGACGGAGAUAGGUCAUGCAAUAAAUUGUGUCCAUUGGCUGAAAUCUCUCCAUGAUCAGGCGCGCUAAAUUGUUCCAAUUUGACGCUGCUUCGUCCGAGUGGAAAGAAAGAGGUACUGGAGAUGUUCGUCUUCUAGUACACAAAGAGACGAAGAAGAUGCGACAAAACUUAGAAGGUCUGCACAAAUUACUCCGGUGCGUGACUUUUUUUCUUUCUGCCGACAUGCGUCUGCAACCCAACAUUGGAUCCGAUCCAUCAUGGGUUUGGAAGGUUGCUGCUGAGUACUCUGAAACCCCACCGACGUCGGAGACGCUUGCUAUCUGA